AUGGACCUCCUCAAAUACUUCUCGCCGGAGACGUGGACUCUGCUGGCAGCACUAGUUACCCUCUUUGUUAUAUAUCUCUACUGGCCCUAUGGAAUCUUCAAAAAAAUGGGGAUCCCAGGUCCACCGCCUGUCCCGCUUUUCGGAACGAUGCUGGCCUAUAGAAAGGGCUUCCUCAACUUUGACAUGGACUGCUUCAAGAAAUAUGGCAAAAUGUGGGGGAUUUAUGACGGUCGGCAGCCGGUACUGUGUGUGGUGGACCCUGCCAUGGUUAAGACUAUCCUGGUGAAAGAGUGCUACACCCUAUUCACUAACCGUAGGAACUUUCGGCUGAACGGUCCUCUGUAUGACGCUGUGUCCAUCGCUGAGGAUGACCAAUGGAGGAGAAUCCGCAGUGUCCUGUCUCCAUCCUUCACCUCGGGCCGGCUCAAAGAGAUGUUUGAUAUCAUGAAGAACCACUCUGAAACCCUGGUCAAAAAUAUGAAGAAGAAGGCUGACAAAGAUGAGCCGAUUGAGUUGAAAGAGUACUUUGGCCCAUAUGCCAUGGACGUGGUGACCAGCACUGCCUUCAGUGUCGAAAUGGAUUCACUCAACAAUCCCUCGGACCCUUUUGUCACCAACAUCAAGAAGAUGCUCAAGUUUGACCUGUUCAGCCCGCUCUUCCUGGCUGUCGCCUUUUUCCCAUUCCUUGGGCCUGUUUUUGAGAAGAUGGAAUUCUCCUUUUUCCCUGUUUCGGUCACAGACUUCUUCUACGCCUCUCUACAAAAGAUCAAAUUGAACCGGGAGGCCAGCAAGCAGAAGAGCCGAGUGGAUUUCCUUCAGCUGAUGAUAGACUCUCAGAAACACUACGUACCAAAUGAUCCAGAACAUGAAAAAGGUCUGAGUGACCAUGAGAUCCUCUCCCAGGCCAUGAUCUUCCUGUUUGCUGGAUAUGAGACCACCAGCAGCAGCUUGUGUUUCUUGGCUUACAACCUUGCCCUCAACCCUGAUGUGAUGAAGAAGCUGCAGGCUGAGAUUGACUCUACCUUUCCCAACAAGGCUCCAGUGCAGUACCAGGAGCUGAUGCAGAUGGAGUACUUGGACAGCGUUGUGAACGAGUCCCUGCGGCUGUACCCCAUUGCUCCCCGGCUAGAGCGGGUGGCCAAGGCAUCGUUGGAGAUCAACGGCCUGGUCAUCCCCAAAGACAUGGUGGUGAUGGUGCCCACCUGGCCCAUGCACCGUGACCCAGACCUGUGGCCCGAACCGGACGCAUUCCAGCCAGAGAGGUUCAGCAAAGAAAAUAAGGAUCAUAUUGACCCAUACAUUUACAUGCCGUUCGGGGCCGGACCCAGGAACUGCAUUGGGAUGCGGUUUGCUCUUGUGAUGAUGAAGCUGGCCAUUGCAGAGAUUCUACAGAAAUACAGCUUCUCUGUUUGUAAAGAGACUGAGAUCCCCUUGGAGUUGGACAUUCAGGGUCUGGUGGCACCAAAGAGACAAAUCAAACUCAAGCUAGAGCCUCGUUCUUAA